AUGUCUGACGUUGAUCUCCGCGACUUUCCCUCCCUCUUCUCUCUCAAGGGCAAGGUUGCCGUUGUGACUGGUGGAUCUCGUGGCCUCGGCCUCCACGCUGCCUCCGCUCUGCUUCAAGCCGGUGCUUCCAAAGUCUUCAUCACUUCCCGCAAGGCCAAGGCCUGCGAGGAGGCCGUAGCCGCUCUCAAUGCCCUGCCUAACAAGGCCCCCGGCGCCAUCGCCAUCUCCGUCCCCGCCGAUUCUGCCAAGGUCGCCGGCAUCGAGCACCUUGUCCGCGAGGUGAGCAAGCACACCGACCGCGUCGACAUCCUCCUCGCCAACGCCGGAGCCACCUGGGGCGCGGCCUUCGACAACCACCCCGACGACGCCUUCGGUAAGGUCAUGGAUCUUAACGUCCGCAGCGUUUUCAACACCGUGAAGCUCUUCGCGCCCCUCCUCCAAAAGUGCGCUUCUAUCGAGGACCCCUCCAGGGUCAUCGUCACCGCCUCUGUCGCUGGUCUCGGCAUCGGCACCCUCGGCAAGCAGGGCACCUAUGGCUACUCUGCCUCCAAGGCCGCCGUGAUUCACCUCGCGAGGAACCUCGCCAUCGAGCUCGGCCCCAGGCACAUCACCGUCAACUCCAUUGCCCCCGGCUUCUUCCCUAGCAAGAUGUCCAACGGUCUCCUCGAGCUCUCCGGCGGUGCCACCAAGUUCGCUGCUGAGAACCCUCUCGGCAGGUUGGGCAGGCCCGAGGAUAUUGCUGGUAUCAUCGUCUACCUCACGAGUAGGGCCGGUUCCUACGUGAACGGUGAGGUGGUCGCGUUGGACGGUGGCAGCCGAUGGAACAGGGGCCAGCUCCACGUCGAGCCCAAGCUCUAA